GUCACCCUAAAUUUGUAUCAUGUUUUUUAUGCUUGCAUUCUGGUAGUAUCCUAGCAACCACGUGGCCCAUAUACAUAACAUAAUUUCAAUCUCUUUAGAAUACUUCAGAAGACACUUCUUAUUCCUUUAUCCGAAAUAAUUAUGCUGCGAAGUGCCAACACCGGAACCAUUCUGUGCGAGGAGCAGUCCAAGUUCAUCCUGGACCGAAUCAGCGGCGUUGAGAAACAUUUUAGCGAGCUGUGCGGGGCAUUCGCCGAGUUCACUCGGAAAGUAGCCCGACUGAGGGACAAAUCCGACGAGCUGGCUCACGUAACUCAGGACUGUUCCUCGUCGGAAAAGUACAACAAAACCCUCGCCAACGGUUUGUCCAGCCUAUCCAAAGCCAUCACCUUGAUAGGCGACUUUCAGGAUCUGGAAGUAAAGCGACUGGAGAGUCGGAUCGUCUCCGAACUGUCUCAGUACGAGCUGGUCUGCAAGCACUGCAAGGAAAGCGUAAAGGAUACCAUCAUGGUAAGGGACAAAGAGUUGGCCAAGCGGAAACAGCUGGAUCAGGCCCGAGCCCGGAAUGCUCGGGGAGGGAAAAAGACGGCCAAAGAUGCGGAACUGAUCAAGUCCAAUCUGGAGGUAUCGAAGAGCCUGAAGGAGAUGGAGGAGAUUGUCGGGAAGUUCGAGAAGCAGAAGUUGGUGGAUUUCAAGAACAUGCUGAUGGAUUUCGUCAUGAUAGAGCUCAAGUUUCAUACCAAUGCGGUCGAGGUACUGUCCGCUACCUACCAGGAUAUUUCCGACAUCGAUGAGAACAAGGACUACCAGGGAGUUCACAAAGAAAUCAAACGGCAAAAUAGGCAAUUCAAAAAGUUCCUCCAACAAGACGAACUCUCCGAUCGGUACUUCCUGCAGCGCAUCAAAUCCCAAUCGAUGGGAGCAUUGAGUUCGAUGUUUGCGGCCACCUCGUCCGGGAAUCGAAAGAAUAAAAGUUUGAGUUCAACCUCGCUGAACUCUUCCCAAGAACAGGACCCAUCACAGGAAUCGCCAGCCGACCCAGAUCAUGUCAUGCGUCUGAUGGCAACCGGCCAGCGAAAGGGUCACCGAUCUUCAGCGGUAGAUGCAGCCAUGCACCGAUCGGCAGAAUCCUUGGAUUCUAUGAAACGGGACCUCUCGGAAGAUUCCAAAACGAGCACGGAAGAAAGCGACAGUGAUGACGAUAGUGACACCGCAACGGAUUCCGAAGAACAAGCGACACUUAAGCAGCAAGCGAAGGCAACCAAGGUGGAUUCCAAGUUUACCAUUAUUAAGCUGAAAGAUUACAACAAGUAAAAAAUGGAUUCCAAUAAACAAGCUUCCCCUCCCUU